CAUACUGCCAACUUGUUCAUAAGCUUGUUACCUUUUUUAGUCUCUACCGCAUAAUUUUAAUUAUUGUCGCAUUGCUUAAAUAGAAACUAUACGAUGGAGAACAAUAAGCACAUAAAAUUAAACGAGAUUCAUUGUGAUCUAAUUUCCGAGUAUUUGCGUUUCUGUAAAUACCAAACGGGUCAAAGGCUAAAGUCGAUUGACUACUGUUUUAGCAGCAUAUUAAACUGCAGGGUUCGAAGCACGGAAACCUACACCGGAGAUGAAGUAAAAUCACUGCUGACAGACUUGGAGGAUGUCGUACGUGGCGAGGUCGACACCGAAUUGACCGACGGAGUUCAUACGAACACCUUAUUUGUCCAGCAGCUUUUAGCCCAAGCGGAAGAAUGGCAUUUGACGUUAUCAGCAAAUAUUUCAGAGUUGGAAAAUAGAGAAUUGUUGAAUUGUGUAAAACUUUUUGAGGAAGAACAGCAACGAAAAUCUGAAUCGCAAAAGAUGAGCAUAACUGUUACCCAAACUAAGCAAGUUAUUCCCGUUGAGGACAUGAAUGUAGCGACCGCUUUGAAAACCGAAAUUGCAAGGUUGACAAUGGAAAAUGAUUCGUUGAGGACACACGUUGCAAACCAAGAUCAGGAUUCGAAAAAUCCUCCUCCACAAUCAGUAGAUGUACAACAGCUCGAAUCUGAACUUUCCUUAGCGCAGGGUGAAAUCAAUCGUUUGAAAUCUCAGCUGCAUAGUCUCCUUCAAGAAAAUGAGUCUGAUUCAAUGGAAAAGCUUCAAAUCGUGCAACAAGCCGUGGACACUUUAAGCAAAGAAUUGGAAGUAAGUCAGACCAAAGCUGCUGAAGAGACGGAGAAACUAAAAAGAGAUUUGGAAUCGCGAGAGGACAAAUUGAGACAAAUUCAGUCCAACCUUCUGCUUGCGGAGAAAGAACUGGACAAAAAGUUCCAAGCAACGUCUGCUUACAUGAAUAUGAAGAAAAUUCUAGUUCAGAAAAAUAACCAGAUUAAAAGCUUGAGGAGAAAAGUGGCCAGUUUGGGGGGAACGGAGGGGGGCGACGAUGAGGAAAGCGAGGAGGAUGGGAUUGCUCUUCAAAAACAGAGUAAUUUGGAGGAGGAAGGAUUCAGAAUUUAAUUUAUUUAUAUCAAAUUGUUGCAAUUAAAUGAUUUUCUCUUCAAUAAAUAUUAAUUUGAACGCCUUGAAA